CAAAUAAUUUGAGGAUGACAGACGACCGUAUGACCCAACGGCUUGCUCCUAAGGAUCAAACCCUGCAAGAAGCUUACGAUGUACCAGCUAACUUCUUAGAAAUAGACGUGUGCAACCCUGAAACGCACGGCAUCGCAAACAAAAGAUAUACUGACUACGAAGUCAGACUCAAGACCAAUCUGCCGAUAUUCCGGGUUCAAGAAUGUUCUGUCAGGAGGAGAUACAGUGACUUUGAGUGGUUAAGAUCUGAGCUAGAGAAAGAAAGCAAGAUAAUCGUUCCCGCUCUGCCAGGAAAAGCUAUAAAGAGACUUCUUCCAUUCAGAGGGGAUGACGGUAUAUUCGAGGAAGAUUUUAUCGAAGACCGGAGGCAAGGAAUUGAGGGGUUCAUCAAUAAGAUUGCUGGACAUCCUUUGGCACAAAACGAGAAAUGCUUGCACAUGUUCCUCACGGAGCCAAUGAUUGACAAAAACUACGUUCCUGGAAAAGUGAGGACUCAUUGAAAUUCUAGGAGUCUUCCUUGUUGUGAACCUGCGGCAUAUCUGGGGACGAGGGUGUGGUCGGGGACUUCUUUAAGACUUCUCGAGGUAGAGGAAUGUUUGGGGAACCAAGUAGAGCUACUUGUAGGGGACUUACAAAGACUGAGUGGAUGCUUUCUCCAUUCUAAACAUUCCAAACUAAACAUUUCCAUUGUAAACAUUAUGUAUACUGUGUCUGAUGUACAUUUGGAAUGUGGAUUGAACAUUGUCUUCCUAAUAUUGUAUCACUAUUAAAGUCUUGUUCUAGGGACGUAGGUUUAUAUAAUGACGCUCUGCAAAGAAUGUUUUUUUUGAUAAAUUUAGAUCUGAUCGAAUUUAAAUGAAUAUGCAAUAGUCAUUGUGCGUUUUUGUCUGUGAUAUGUUGCUAAAAAUAAAUGACUGUCAAUUUUAAAAUGGUUUCAAUUAAGAUAUCAACUUCUUAUACUUUCUUCUUUUAUGUGAAGAUUAUUCAAACAUUAACUUCCAUACUGUGAAAGAAGCUUUAACGGGAGCUUUAACAAUGCUUAAAGCCAGCUUAUUUUUUAAUAAGUUGGUUGAAUGGCGAGUAAUUUUGUGUUUAAAUGUAAAGUUUGCUUAAAUAAUUUGUACUAAUAUAGUAAUAUAA